AUGAUUCUCCCCUCUUUGUUGGUUGCGUCCCUCUCCGCUUUGGCAGCGGCAGGCCCAGUUCCCCCAUCUGCGCUUGAGGCUCGACAGUCCGAGAGCGCGAGUGACCUCGAGAAUGGGAUUUGCAAACCUGUCGUCCUGAUCUUUGCGCGCGGGUCCACCGAGUCCGGAAACAUGGGCUAUAUUGCCGGAAUGCCCACCUGCAAUGCGUUGAAGACCAAACUGGGGUCGGAUCAGGUUGCAUGCCAGGGCGUGGGAGGCGCAUACACCGCGGGCCUCAUUCCCAAUUUCCUCCCCAACAAUACGGACCAAGCGUCGAUCGACGAAGCGACGAAGAUGUUUGAUUUGGCCCAUACCCAAUGCCCGGAUGCGCAGAUCGUGGCGGGUGGGUACAGCCAAGGCACGGCGGUUAUGGACGGAUCCAUCCAGGCUCUUCCGGAUGAUAUCAAGAGUACGGUCAAGGGCGUGGUUCUCUUCGGGUUUACCCGCAACUUGCAGGACAACGGCCAGAUCCCCAACUACCCCAAGGACCAGACCAAGGUCAUCUGUGCGCCGGGAGACCUGGUCUGCGACGGAACGCUGAUUAUUACCCCUGCGCAUUUGACGUAUGCGCUCUACGCGGGGGAGGCGGCGGAGUUCCUUGCUUCCAAGGUUUCAGCUUAG